UCCGAAAGUCGGUGAUCGCGGAGCGUACUUGUGUUCCGUGAAUUAAAUUUUUCGGUAAGAAAUCAUAGUUUCCAAAAAGUUUCCAAAAACAAAAAUGGUCACCGACUCCGAAAGAGGAAAGUACGCAUCUCCCGAAGGUUCACCUUUGAUCGAAUACCUCUCCACGUUCGCCUGUUUUAUGCUUCUAUUGAGCGUCGGUUGUGUCGGGGGAUUCGACUCACCGGCACUGGGUAUCCUUACCGGGCCGGAUACUCCGAUCAGCGUGACCGGAUCCGAUAUCACGAUGCUCGCCGCCGUCGUCGGUGUCGGUCAAACGAUUGCUCCGACGCUGACGAUAUUUUUGGGCGAUAAAUUCGGCAGGAAAGUAGGACUUUUAGCGAUCGGUAUACCGAUCAUAAUCGGCUGGGUUUGCGUCGCGAACGCUAGCGUUGUUUCCGUUCUGGGUGUCGGCAGGUUUCUCGGCGGUUUGUCCAUCGGCCUCGGUUUGACGGUGACUCCCAUAUACCUGGGAGAAAUAGCGUCGGUGAAAUCGAGAGGUGCUUUAGGAACCCUCGUUGGAACGGCGCUCAACGUCGGUAUCCUCUUCGCGUACGUAGCGGUACCUUAUUUGAAGAUGUACACGUCCGCUUACGUGAUGUUGGGCAUCGCGGCAGCCUCGGUAGUGAGCGUACUCUUCGUUCCUGAGUCUCCGUACUUCCUAGCCAUGAAAGGUGACGUCGAAGGUGCCGAAGAGGCUCUCGAAAAAUUGAGGGGUAAGACCGACGUGGCGGAAGAGUUGGAAAUCGUCAAGGAGACCGUCAAGAAACAGAGCGAAGCGUUGAAAAAAAUUGGCAACAAGCGCGAGGACGGAACCAGCGAAACUGGACCGAACAAGUUCGACAACUUCAAGGAUAUAUUCAGGGUAACCGCGAAUCGUCGCGCCUAUUUCAUAAAUUGUUUGUUACUGAUCAGCCUGCACACCGGUGGAUACACUCCCUUCCUUGUUUACGGAUCCAUGAUAUUCGAAGCGAUGAAUAUUAGCGUGGGAAAAAACGUCAUGACCAUCGUAAUCGGCGUACUUCAAUUGAUCUUCAACGUUGUGGCGACAUUCGUGAUAGACAGGCAAGGUCGCAGACCGCUGAUCCGCGCGUCGGGGAUGAUCGUCUGUUUCUGCGCUGUGGCAAUCGGUGUUUAUUUCUACUUAAUCGAAUACGUGAACUUGGAUCUUUCGGGUUACAGCGACUUCAUGCUUGUUGCGAUAUUCGGUUACAUGGCGGCGUUCAACGUUGGAAUCAUGCCCGUCCAAUUGGUCGUAAUGUCCGAGACGUUUGCCUCGGAGAUAAAGAUUUUGGCCACCCUUAUUAUGGGGGUCACCGGCGGCGUGUUGGCGACUUUCUGUUUAACGAUGUACAUGACGAUCGCUGUGACGAUGAACUGGGGUCAUUGUAUGCCUUUCUUUGGAUCCGCCAUUUUAAUUUCGAUCACUACUACUUUGAUUCUCAAGUACUUGCCCGAGACCAAAGGGAAGACCUUCAACGAGAUCCAAAGAGAUCUGAGCGUCUGAACUAAACAUUUUUUACGUAGGAUACAGUCCCACCGAGACAAUUCACAAAUUUCACUCCACUUCGCAGAACUUGGUUGUUUAAUUUUUUUAAACGAAAAAUCAAAAAACUGUGACGAAAUUUUGGAUUUGUCAGUCGCUAGACAAUAGCGUGAAUUUCUGCUACUGGAUUAUGCAACUGAUUGUGAGAUGGAGGCGAGAAGGGAAAAAUAGAAAUUAAGAACGACAAGAAUUUUUAAGCUUCACUCGCUGUUAUCUGAUUUAUUAAUCAGUAACCGUUCAUUUGUAAGUAAUUCUCAAACAGAGACACUGUGCGAACAAAUUAUUUGUAAAUAUACUCGUUGAACGAAAAAACAAAAA